UAAAAUUAUAUAAAGUAAAAUUUAAUAAUACAGAAAAUAGUAUAAAAAUUGAUAAUAACUUGAACGAGACCAAUGGGCUUGCAUAUUCUGGCUCUAAAUCUCGAAUUUUGACUCUUUUUCAAUGAUGGUGGGUCUCAGCACUGCUGCGUGUCAUGGAUCACGGUUGCAAAUCUUUUAAAUUUCAUCGAUAUUUAGUUUCAACAUAAGUCAGUGUCGAAAUAGAUUUGGAUUUUCAUAGGAAGCCGCAUCUACUAUUGCAAAAAUUUAAAAUUUGACGUUUUAAAAUAGAAAAUUACAAAUAAUCCAGUUACGGUCAGAAAUAAUUUGAAAUUUUUUUAGGUGAGGGCCUAUACCUGUUUUCCCCGUUUAAACUCGCUGGUUCGAAAUACUUCCGCAGGGUAGUUAAAGGAACUGACAUAGAACUAAACCGUGUUAUCGGUGAUUCCACUCCUCCGGAUAAAAUGAAAAUAUUAUUCUGAAUCAGAAAGUGCUGUGUUAUUUUAUAUUGAACUGAAGGUCCUUUCUCCCUAUAUACCUCCGUGCGUGUCUGUAGUCACAAGAGAUAUCCCUAAAACCUAAUUUAUACAUCUUAAAUUCGUGAAAGAAAAAUAUCUGUGGUCAAGAGCAAGGGAGCGUGAUACGACACUAAAUUAAACCAUCGUAUCGGUUUACCUCCCACCGGGAUAAAAAUGAUAACCAUCUAAUCUAGCAAAUGCCAAUUCCAUAGCUUCAACUAUUAUUGCAACCUCACAUAGAUUCUCAUGCUAUUAUUUUUUCCAGUGAAUAUAGAAUCUAAGUAUCAUCAUGAGUCGUUUGUUAUUUCUUGUAUGCCUUUGUCACAUGUUUACUACCAUUGUGACGGCACCAAGUCAGAAUAUGAUAUGCAAGAAUGUGGACGACGUGUUUGCUGAAGACGAAAACGAUUCGAUUCCCAGUCGUGGUUCAGCCCACUCUCGUCGUUUUCAAAGUUUACCUGGAAAAAGAGGUCCAAAAGGUGAAAUGGGUAAAAUAGGAAUGCACGGGGUUAAAGGUCAACAAGGCGAAUCAGGAAAUGUCGACUAUCAAAAAGUCAAUGCCACCGUUGAACAGCUAUUUGAGAAAUUUGUGGAAAAGUCAGUGGCUCCAAGAAUUGAAGAAUUAGAAGAACGAAUGCUGGCCAAAUUCAAUGAAAUAAACAUGACGUUGCAAGGAUCUUGUGACGGUAGGAGCUAUCUCGGGAAAUGUUACAUAGCUUCAUUACAAAUUACACCAGAUGUCAACUACGAUCAAGCUGUUGCAAUGUGUAGAAAAAUGUCGGCAAAACCAGCAGACAUAAUCGAUUCUCAUCAAUAUGCUUUGGUUUUCAAAUAUAUUCGAACACUGAUUUCUACUUCAUACGUAGAGUUAUGGCUUGGCAUGAAAUACGAUCACCAGGCGGAAAGAGCUUUACUGUCAAGUGGAACUACUGCUCUAUACAGUAAAUAUCACCCGGGAUAUCCUUUAUCUUUGGCAUCUCGCACUGGAAUGGCGAUCAUCGUAAGAAAUCCAGCGAGUAGUAACCAAGGAAUGUUCAACUCCCCGCCUUCUUCCAAUAGAAACGGAGUCUUGUGCCAGAAGGAACGAUUUCCGUCUAAUUAAGAUUCUUUCUAAAAUUGUUCAUGGAUUGAUAUAUAAAACGUUUUUGAGUGAAAACAUUCAUCCCGAGACAAUAAUUGUCGUCAAUCUGACUUCAUUUCAACCAUUCAUCUAAACUUUCACGGAUAUUAGCCAAAUUUAUUUACUUACGAGACAAAUCAGCUAUUCGCUCACAAAUUGUUUGUACACAAGUAAUGCUGCGAUGUUUUCCACUUUGUUGCAACUAGGUCAGUCAGAAUUGAAUAUUUUUGAUAAUGGAAUAGAUAUUUUUACGACUCAGUUUUUGUUACGGAAUAUUUAAGUCUUGAGUGAACUCCUAAAAUCUCAUGUACAAAGAGCUGAGAGAUAAAGAACAUUUCACGUGCUCUUGCCAGAUAUCAUUUGACGCGAAAAUUUCAAUUUUUCAAGUUGCUCUGUCUUGUGAUUAAAAUAAAUAUUGUAAUUAG